GGCUGCAAGCGGGGCGGGUCGCGCUGGUCCCCGGCCGGCCGGAGCGGCGGCGGCGGCGGCGGCGGCGGCGCGGGGCAGCAUGAGGGAGCCGCUCGGGUGGGUCCUGCCAACGCGACGGUCCCGGCGGCCGAGCUCCCAUGAAGCCAGCGCAUUAUGUACAGCGUAGAGGACCUCCUGAUUUCUCAUGGAUACAAGCUGUCAAGAGGCAUCCCGGCGCCACACGACGGUGACCGUGAGGGCCGCCGGCAUGCCAGGCCCCGCGCGCGAGCUGGCCAGGGCCUGCUGAAUGGGUGCGAGGAUGGCCCUGCGGGUCCUCCCCCCAGUAAGCCGUCCCCGGGGAAGGGCCAUGUGAGCGCCUCGGAAGACAGCCACCACCUCCGGAGAGCCCUUGGGGAGCCCCAGAUCGCUUCUGCUUCUAGAGCUCGUGAGGCGGGGUUUUACCAUCAGCCCGUGCUGAGGUGGUCCUCUCAGCCCCAGACCGCUCACGACCACGCCUACUGGAGAAGAAAAGGACAGGAGGUCGGUGGCUUGCUGGGGCCAAGGGCCCGAGAAGACCCAGAGGUCAGAGGGAUGGCCCAAGCCCACGGUCUGCCCGUUCACAUGAGGGAGGGCCCAUGGGAAGUUGGAGGAAGGACAGAGAACGUGAUGAAGAAGGCAAUUUGGGAAGAAGAGCUGAGAAUGGCAGGACCUGCCAAGUGGCAGAAUAUAAGCCUGGAGAGCUGGAACCAGCCAAGGAGAUUAGGGAGGCAAAUGUCUGAUGGUGAUGGGGAGAGACUGUUUCAAGAUCUGUACCCAUUCGUGCAAGGAGAACAUGUGCUGAAUUCCCAAAGCAAAGGGAAAUCCCAGUCAUUGCCCAGGGUUCUUUCCCCCGAGGGCCUGAGUUGCGUGGAAAUUCCCAUUCCAUUAAAUGACGGACAUUUUCCAGGUGUUCCUAAAAUGCCAUUUUAUCCCCCAAAUUGUGCGCCAAAUUUGGAAUCCAAAAGGAACCCCGAGAAGGGGGGUUCCUCGGUCCCUUUCCCCCGGCCUAAGUUUGGGAGACCCCUCAAGCCUCCACCUUACGAUUCCCACCAACACUCCAGGGUGGGCGUGGAGGCCAGUGACUCUCUGGACAGUCAGCAGGCGGACUUGUGCGUCUCCUACUUGACCAAAUCCAGUGAGCCCCGGCUGGAGCUGUGCGCGCCCGACUCUAGUUUGGAGCCUCCCGUGUACGUGCCUCCGCCAUCGUACAGGUCGCCGCCCCAGCACAUCGCAAACCCCUACGUGGAGGACACAGUGCCUGGGCCCGUGUGUGGUCCCCGUCAGCAGCAGCAUCCGUUGGAGCCGGCCGGCCCCCCUGGCACCGGGAAUGAGUAUGGUGCAAGCCCACACUCUCCUCGCGGGGUCCCUCAGCAGCCCCGGCCGACCACCGCGUACGACGGCUCCGUUCUGUAUAUUCCCUUUGAUGACCCACGGAUACGGCAUUUUAAACUGGCCCGCCCCCGGGGUUUCUGUCAAGAAACAACAGGCAACGAGAAGUCCUACAACUCUAGUCCCAGCACUGCCCCGGCCCCCGCUCAUGGAAACGGUCAACACGAUGGUGCCGUUUUGAGCCCACAGAGUGUGAGAACCUCGCCGGGGGGUGUGAGCGGCCCGGCCACUGCCGAUCCCAGUCCCUGGUGGCUGUGGGACCAGCUCCCCAGGGAUGCGGAAAAUGGCGCUCCUGACCAAAGAGCCCACGGCGCCGUGGGGGGACAGUGGCCUGCCCUGGACGGCGGCCGGGGCGGGCACACAGAAGGCCUCGUCUCCCCCCCCAGCCCGCAGGGCGAGAGUACCUGUGAAACUCGAACCAAGCUCAAGAAGUUCGAAACUGGGAUUCGGACCAAGAAAAGUUCAAAGAAGAAAAUGAACGAGACAAUAUUUUGUUUGGUUUCCAUCCCAGUUAAAUCAGAAUCACAUCUGCCAGAUAUAGAUACGAACAACAAUGACUUAAAACAGGGCACUGAUAAAAGGAAUGGGCUUGAUAAGAGCGCAGCUUUGCAGGAACAAAGUCUGCUGAGCAUGUCUUCCACCGACCUGGAGCUGCAGGCACUCACAGGAAGCAUGGUGGGGAGAACAGAGUUCCAGAAACAAAAUCUGGGGGAACCAGAAGAAGGCAAACAAACAAAUGACCUCAGAUUCAUUCACCCUGCACAACACAGAGAGCUCAAGUAUUCUGGCUCGUGGCCAGGGCACCAGUACAGAGAUCAGCAAACCCAAACCACUUUUGCAGAGGAGUCCAGAAGCGCGCUGCCCCUCCCCGGUCAGAAGCCGGGAGGCUCACCAAAAGCAGUGCUGACUCCAAAAUACUCAGACCCUCUCGUCUCUGAGGCUCACGCACCCACGGAGUUAGCUCCCGGCGACCGAAACGAGAGGCCAAGUGCUCAUCACCCGAAAGGCCAAAUGUCCCUCAGCCCCUCCAGCAACAGUGCUUUCUCAAGGACUUCCUCCUGCGUAAGCCAGGCACCUGUUUCAAAAGCCGAGCCCAGUCAGGCCUGCGCCGAGGGCCGUGGCCGCAGAGCCAGCCCCGUGCCCAGGGGCGACGUGGUGAAGGGGGAGACCACUGGCCCGUGCAACAGCAAACAGCUGUUUGGUCAGUUUCUCCUGAAGCCAGUUAGCCGCCGUCCCUGGGAUUUGAUUAGCCAGCUAGAGAGUUUUAACAAGGAGCUUCAGGAAGAGGAAGAGAGCAGUCCUAGCGGCAGCGACAGCGACAGCAGCAGCGAGGACAGUGACACAGAGUGGCAGCCCGAAGGCCAUGCUGAGGCCACGGGCAAGCACUGGGGCUGCAGGGGAGACGGCCAGGCGUGGAGGGUUGAGGAGCCCGGGGCCAGGCCGGGAAGAGCCAAGAGUAAGUCUGAAAGCUGGAGCGAGGGGCAGAAGCCUGGCUGGCCUGGCACCCGUGCUCAGUGCCCGGGCCCCGUGGAGGUGGAAGGAGGCCGGGGGGCGGCGGUGGCGGCACACGGAGGCCCGAUCGCCGACGAGGGAAACCAGGAGGUGGACCACGCACUGAACACCGAGCCAGCCAUCAGCCCAGGUCCUGUGAAGAGAGCGGCUUCCUCCAGGUCAGGUGACACAAAACCAGUGCCCUCGUCGGAUCCAGACUCGCUGAGGCAGCCCCCAGGAAGCCAGGCACUGCCCCGUGUUCCCAUUUCUGCCGAGCUGAGCCCAGCGACCCCUCGGAAGGCCGGUGGUGAGGAGGGGAGGAGCCCGCCGGUCCCGCUCGCUCUCGCCAGCAAACCCCGAGGGCUCUCGGCGCCGGACUUGAGGUCUGUGGGACUGACGCGGGCACAGGAGCAGAGCGCCGGGAAGUCAGAUGCGUCUUCAGGUGAAGCCAGUGCAAUAGAAAUCCCCCCAAAUGAGUCCCUUCAAGCAAGGGCUGCGAGGAUCCUGGGCAUCGAGGUGGCCGUGGAGUCCCUGCUGCCAGGCACCAGGAGAACAGGACAGGACCAGCACCCCGAGCCUGACGGAGGUGGCCGCGGGCCGGAGGCCCCCAGGGAGGAGCCUGGGUCCGGUUCACAGCUGGAUGACCCCGCAGCGUCCCCUGAUGCCUUUUACGGCAGGAGAAAGUGCGGCUGGACCCAAAGCCCUCUCUUUGUAGGGGAAAGGGACAGCGCCCGUCGCGCUGCCCUGGCCGCUGAGCCCUCGGGUGCGGACGGGACUGUCCCCAGCAAGGCCCCCAGCCCCGAGCCUCAGUACAGUCCCCAAGAGUCCAGGUCCUUCAAUCCCAAGGACAUGGGGACAAAACCACCCUUCAAGUCCACCCUGUUCCAUUUUAUAGAAAGGACCCCAAAUAUGCCAGGCUCAGAAAAGAGGCUCAGAAGCACUUCCAAAGUGAUUGAAAGUUUACAAGAAAAACUGGCUUCGCCCCCUAGGAGAGCAGACCCCGGCCGCUUGAUGAGGAUGAAGGAGGUGAGCUCCGUGUCCCGGAUGAGGCUCCUUACCUCCCGGAGCGCUGACUCCACGGAGGAGGCCGAGGAACCGAAGGCCGAGAGGGACCCCGGGAUGCAGCCCGGAGGCCCGGUGUCUCUGAACGCCGGGGACCUGGCUCGGAAGGCCGGGCUCCCGCUCGUGGUCUCCAAGGGCGCCCUCCCGCCGGAAGAAGACGGUCGUCCAAUGGCACACGGGGAGAAGAAGACCGUCCAUCAGGAUUUCUGGUGCCCAGAUUCAUACGACCCUAGCAGAGUGGAGAGGGUGUGAGGAGACGCCAGUUGAGCACAGGACCGCCAGAGUUUACUAACUGAGUGUUCUCUCGUUUAGCCCGACUUGCCCGUGUGUAAGCUGGAGACUACUGGCCCUUCGUGUACCGCGUAACAUCCUUUACCACUGCCACCGAGAACUUCGUCGUCCCCACGGAAUCGCUGUGUGGAAAUAAAGCAUUAGUCCGUUGAAACCAUCUGUUUUUAUAAUAUAGUGAAUGCCUGUAUUUGGAAGGGAGUCACAUAAACUCUCCUUCAUGACGGGUUUCGCCAAGCUGGUAGAUAGUUUGGUGUUAAUCUGGUUCUAUGUGAAAAUUCAAACGUGAAUGAUUUUAAAAGGACUGUGAAUGUCGUAAAUUCCCCUCUGCGUCUCCACGGCCUGUGGUCUGCGCUUGCGUUAAGGAGUUUGGGACGUGGGCCAACUGCCCAGCGUCCCGGCGCUUUGAGUUUAGGGGAGACGUGAUGAAUACAUCUGACCCAUUUCUAAGCAAUUUGGCCUUCUGCUGCUGCAAGUAACUCUGUUUAUAAGUAGCUUGCCAUCAGAGGAUAAGAGCGAUACCUUUUAAGUUUCUAAAAGAUUAAAACUUGUACCAUAAUGUACUCAGAGUAUUAUUUAUCUGGCAGUGAAAUCCUUCGAUCACUCGCAAACAUGCCACUGUCUGCUUUGCACUCCGUACUAUUUUUAUGUUCUGUAUGGAUGUUUAGAAAUCCUUUAUAUGAGAAAUGACUGCUGGUUUAAAAUAGACCAUUUUAACAAAGUAACUCUAUUUCUUUUUACAAAAAUGCUAUUUUUCUAUGAUGUAAACAAUUGUGAGGUGGCAGAUUUUUAAGGAAGUAUUAUUUUAUUUAAGAGUCUGUAUCCCUUUGUGUGAGAGGAGCCCCCAAAAGGGCUCGGAUUUUGCUUUAAAGCACACGUCCCUUGCCCACUCACACCUCAGCCACUUUUAUUUUAUCUUAGAGAUGUCACUGUAGACAGUUUACAGGGUUAAUAAACUUUUCACGAAGAUGCUUUUGCAAAUGUAGCUGUAAGGUUAUAUUUGAAAAUAACCCUCUUAAAACCAGCCAACAUCCUUACAACUAUUUUUGCUGCCAUAUCCUCUAGGAUUACCAAAAAAACAUGGUUUCAUCUUGAUAGGUCCCAGGAUCAACCGUGGGACCAAACUUUCCUCCCCCUUCCCCCUGCCCCUCUAUGAAAUAUGUAUUUUUAUCUGGGAUGGUCGUUAAUUAUUAGUCUCGGCAUAUUUUUUAAAAGUGCUAGAGACAUUAUAUAUAUGCCAUCACUGAAGUAUUACGAGGCCUAUGCAUUCUGCUGUGUUUACCGUUGCAGUAACGUGCACAGAGUUAAUGGGUCUUCAUGCUUCUGCCCCUCCUUUCUAAGUAAGGUGUUCUCAUUAGCGAACACUUCCUGAAUGGGUUCUUGUUGCCUUCCUUCCUCCUUCCCUUUCCUGUCCUUCCUUCCCCCUCUCUCUCUUUCUCUCUCUCUCUCUUUUUUUUUUUUUUUUUUUUGUUGAGAAACCACCUUAUCUAUUUUUAGACAUUUCAAAUUCCUAAAAUGUGAACUGUUGGGUGGUCUGCAAUUUGGCCCGAAAACACCUCCGACCGGGCUUUCGUGGCCCGUUUUUAUCUGUACCAUCUGAUCUGAUUUCCUAAGAACUUCAUGCAUUUGGACUGUAAUAAACAAUACAGAACCGAAGUCGUCCUGAGCAGUCGUCUCAAAUACGCUUCUCUGCAGUCUUGGUCCUUACCCAUUACCCCGAGUCUUCUACUUCCUUCCAGAUUUUGGCUCCUGUGAAAAGUUGUCGUGGGCUCUUGCUUUCCCCGCAAAGGACAUGGGCCAAGUCUCCGCGUUAGGAGUGGCAGAAACUUCUUCCCCGGGAAAAGUUUUAAUGGGGAAGAGGUCAGUUACUCUGUUACAGUUGGUGAAUCGCUCAAGUCAUCUGAGAACUAAUUGAGGGGGGCCACAGGGAGGUCUUUGUGGGGGGUUCUUCCCUCUGCAUUGCAGAUGGAAGAAGGUAUACGUGUGUAUAUAUAUAUAUACGUCCACAUAUAGGCACAUACAUAUAUCCAUAUGUAUUCACUCUGCUCUGACUUCCUCCUAAAUUUGCUGAUCCCAUCUAAAAACCUCUUGUAAUGAAAAUAAUUUGAGAUUUAGCUGACUCCUCAAGAAAAAGAAAAGGAUCCUGAAGAGAAAAAAUUAUAGUAACCUAUGUAGAUCACAAAGCAAAAUUUCUUUCAGUUUCUAUUUGAAAUUGUAUCAUCUUUCUGAAACCAUUCUGAAUUUAGCCACAAUUAUCAAUAUUUAUACUUUGAACCUUAAUUUCUGGAUUCCAGCCUGUAUAUAAAUCUUUGGUGUGUGGCGAGGAGGAUAGCUUUGACAAUUUGACUUUUAAACUUGCAUAUUCUGAAGUAAAACAUUAUCUAAUCCAAAAUAGCUUUCCUGGAAGUUUUGAACUUAAUGCUGAUUAUUCUCUUAUUAUUACUGUUUCUCAUACAUAUAUAACUCUCCAUUAUUAUUUGUGGCUGGAAAAAACAAGUGUUCCUAUUUUGUGUUUGUCAUUGUUUUCUCGCACGGAUGCUAACCAGUCGUGUCUCGUACUUUGGGGCUUAUAAAAUUAAAAGCUAUAAUUUUGACCAUUUGGA